CUUGUUGACAUGGCACCAUAUUGUUUCUUUUACAUGGAUUGCUGCUUUGUCGAAAGACGCUACCCUUGUUUACCCUCUUUCCUUGCAAACGCACACCGCUAAGGCACUACAGGAUGUGAGUCGUUGAACGCUUUCUCCUUACGAAACAGUCGCCGGAAAGUUUGCCAAACUUUGGCCAUGGCGCUUCCCGGUGAGCUCCACACUCUUGACGAUGUGGAUGCUCCGACGGAGAACCCGUAUAGCCCGGGAGUUUUCGGAAAGCUGGAUAUUGCGGCGCUCUUGGAAGACCACCUCCUGGAGGGCUUGGACACGGAAGCAGACACGGCGGUACUGGAACGCAUCUUCGACAACAUCCGGCCCCAGUCGGACCAGUCCUUCAGUCCGCAGCUGCGCCCCUGCCGCGACCCAGCCAAGGACCACCUCCUAGCCGCACUGCAUGCGGCGGAACUCGGCCACCCCGCCGCCUACGCUGCCGUACAGGAUGUACUGCUGGCGACGGCGGGGGUUCUGCAUGUGGGGGUGCUGGGGCUCAAUGCGGCGGCCGUAUGGGCCCUGUGGACGCACGGCCUGCACACGGCGGCCAUUGCGGGUGUCGUCCUCCUCACCCUGCACCUCCCCCUCACAUCCGCCCUGGUAGCGGCCUCCGCCUCCACCACUGCCCCUUCCAAAGGAAAAGCAGCCGCCCCUGCAUCCUCACGCCACCACCGCUUCACCGCCUGGUUUGUCGUUCCCCUGUACGACAUUGCCGUGCUGACAGCGCUGCUGCCGCUGCAGCGGCGGUCGCUGUCGGACCGCCGCCGCCUGGCUCGGCGGCUGCGGUGGCUGCCGGCUGCGGAGCUCUGGCUGUGGCAGUACCGGGCGUGUCGGCAGCUGCUGCUGGUUGUCGUACACUCCGUACCCAUGGCUGUUCUGGGGCUGGUGAUGUGCAUCGUGGGAAGCUGCCGGGACGCCCUGCAGUCAGCAGGAGGAGUAGCAGCAGCAGGGGCAGGAGCGGCUGGGGCGGGUACAGCAGCAGCUGCAGCGGCAGGAGGGGCGGGGAUGUUGUGGUUGUUGAUCGCAGCGACGGCGGUGUCGCUGCUGCAUGCGGCGCUGGGGCUGGGCGAGGCGGCGCUGAACGCGCGGUGGGCGGGGCAGAUAUCACUGCUGCGCUACUGCGGGCUGGCGCUGCGGCUGAGGGGCGCUAAGAAGCUGCCGUACGAGUGGCAGUCCCAGCUGUCCGAGCCGCGGCUGGUGAUCCGCCCCGACUCCUCCGACUUCUCCGACCUCAGCCGCCCGCAGCAGUGCCAGCUGCUGCGACUGGCGCUGCAGAGGCCCUACUUCGCCAUCGCCAACGCAGUCACACACCCGCGACCGCCGCCGAAAGCAUCGCCCGGAGCACAGAACGCCUCCUCGGCGGCAGCGGGGGCUGCAGCAGCAGCGGGCGGAGGUAGUAGCAGUGGCGGCUGCGGCGGCUGUACGGCAGCGCUUGCAGCGGGCUGGAAACGGUUAACGGCUUUUUGUCGGGCAGAUUGCAUGAUGCCUGGGUGUUGCAAAGCAGUGGCAUGCUGUGGAGGUGGGAGUGCCGCCGGCGGCGGCGGCCGUCGCCGCCGUCGGUCGUCGUCUUCCUCGGAUGAUGACGACGGACCCAUGGGUCGCCCGCGUGCGCCGCCCUCCGCCUGCUUGCUGCUGCAGAGCAAGGCGGCGGUGAAGGCGGUGGUGGGUCUGCUGCCGGGGCCGCUGGCGGCUGCGAGGGGGUCGCUGACGGGGGAUCCGCCGCAGUGCGACCUAUCGGUCAACCUGGUGUCGUUCAGGGACGCGGCGGCAUGCAAGCAUUGCCGUGCCCUGCUGGAACUGGUUGUACGGCAGGGGCUGCGCUCGCUGGUGGUUGGGGAUGCGAAGCUGCAGCUGGACUUCUUCGGCGUGCUGACUGCCUACCUGCCCUCGCGCAGCUGCGUGCUCACAAAGCUGGUGCUCAAGGACGUCAUGUCCAGCGGAAUCAGCGUGUUGUGCAUGUUGUGCGAGGGCAUGGCGGCCAACCACAGCGUCACGCACCUGGACCUGUCCAACAACCAGCUGUGGGGCAUGCGGGGCGCGCGGGAGCUGAGGACCAUGCUGCGGGGCAGUGCGGGGCUGCGGGUGCUGCUGCUGCCCUUCUGUAACAUUGCAUCCGCGGGCGCGGCUGAGAUCUUCAAGGGGGUGGCGGAGAGCGCCAGCCUGGAGCAGCUGGACCUCUCGCAGAACCACAUCGGGGACGACGUGCCGGACUGGACGGAGCUGCUGGGGGCGCCUGGGGUGGCCGCAGUUCCGCCCGCCGGGGGGGUGGCUGCGGGGUCUGGAGGCCCGGGUGCGGGUGCGGGUGCGGGAGGCCGGGCGCGCAACGGGUCGCUGCGGGAGGUGGACCUGAGCUUCAACUGGGUGCAGGAUGCGCUGGCCGGCUGGACUGCCGCGCUGCUGGAGGUCUUCCCCACCCUCUCCCGCCUGCACCUCAACCACAACAGCGACGCGGCCAGCUCGCGAGUCGCCUCGCGCGCGGCAACACCAAAGUCGCUCACGCCCCGCACCCUCACCCCGCGCUCCCUCACACCCUCCAACCUACGGGUCGCCAGCUACAGCGUCGCAUCAGCCACUGGCCUCGCAGCAGCAGCAGCAGCAUGCGGUGGCAGCGGAGCACCCGCCACCGCCACCACCGCCGCAGCCGCCCCGGCUGCGGGGCUGUCCUCCACCUCAGCGCCCGUCGGCCUGCCGGUGUCGGCUGCUGCGGCCGCCGGGGCUCAGGGCAAGCAGGCCGGAGGAGGAGGAGGUGGUGGUUCGGGCGCGGGCGUGUGGGGGCUGCAGCGCAUGGCUUCCUCGGCGCUGUCGCCCUGCGGCUCGGAGCGGCACGAGGGGGGCCAGCUGCUGGCGAGCGGGGCGGCGGCAGCGGCAGCAGCAGGCGGUGUGCAGG